GGCAGUUGCCGUAGCGGAGCCCUCUGGCUCUGGGCGAGAGUGUGAGUGGCUGAGAGCCGCCGGCGGAGCCGCGGACGGUUUGCUGAGCCCGUUAGUGCCGCCGCCAUGUCCCGCUACCUGCGCCCCCCCAACACGUCUCUGUUCGUCAGGAACGUGGCGGACGACACCAGGUCUGAAGAUUUACGUCGGGAAUUUGGUCGUUAUGGUCCAAUAGUAGAUGUUUAUGUUCCGCUUGAUUUCUACACUCGACGGCCAAGAGGAUUUGCAUAUGUUCAAUUUGAGGAUGUUCGUGAUGCUGAAGAUGCUUUACAUAAUUUGGACAGAAAAUGGAUUUGUGGGCGUCAGAUUGAAAUCCAGUUCGCACAGGGGGAUCGGAAGACACCAAAUCAAAUGAAAGCCAAGGAAGGGAGAAAUGUAUACAGCUCUUCACGAUAUGAUGAUUAUGAUCGAUAUAGACGUUCUCGGAGCCGAAGUUAUGAAAGGAGGAGAUCAAGGAGUCGCUCUUUUGAUUACAACUAUAGAAGAUCUUACAGUCCUAGAAAUAGACCGACUGGAAGACCACGGCGUAGCCGAAGCCAUUCCGACAAUGAUAGAUUCAAACACCGAAAUCGAUCUUUUUCAAGAUCUAAAUCCAAUUCAAGAUCACGGUCCAAGUCCCAGCCCAAGAAAGAAAUGAAGGCUAAAUCACGUUCUAGACCAAACUGCAGCUGGAAUACCCAGUACAGUUCUGCUUACUACACUUCAAGAAAGAUCUGAAAGCGGAAAAAAGAACCAAAGAAGGGCAGUUCAAGCGACCAAAGGGUGGGUGGAAGGUGCUGCAGUAUGAAUACUGUACGAAUAUUUUGACUCUGGUCUGAAAAGAUAAAAGAAUUAUCGAAAACUACAUGGAAUAAUUGAAGUCCCUUCAAGUUUGAAAGUAAGCAUUUUAGGACAAAUAAAAGGAAAUUCAACUUUGUACUUGUGGAAACUAAUCCCUAAAUAUGAACAGGUAUAUAUUGACUCACGGGUGGCAGAUCCAGGAUAACUUACUGGUAACUAGGAUGUCUGAAUAUCAAGGAAGACAGCCAUAGUCUCUUAAUAGUGCCUCUCUUGGUCUGUCUCAAACUAAAUUGAAUGGUAAAGGUAUGGUCCAAUAUAAAAUUUUUCUUGGUUAUCUUAAAAAUCAGUUCCACUUAACGCCAGUGUUGGCAGGUCUUGCCUUUGUUUAUUCCAGUGCCAGUAUUUUCUGCUUAACUGUUUGUUUUGUUGGCAUCUGAGUUUAUUUACUUGUAUACCAUGUAUAGUUUACAUCUAACCACUCCUUCCCAGGUUAAUUCCACUUAUACUUGACAUCCAACCAUGAGGGCCCAUCUCUUUCUCACCUCUUGCCUAGACAGUAUGUUCAACAGAUAUUUAUUGAAUCCUUACUGUGGGCAAAACAUACUGGACAAUUGGAGAAGAAUAGAUAAUUACUUUAUCUAGUAAGUACAUACUGAGCACAAUCUAGUGAGUCAUUACAGUAUGGCCACAUUUUGAAGUGUAUUAUGGCGAUUUUUCAUAUCAUUCAUAUCCUAAUGUAAUUAUAAAAUUAUACUAUCAAAGAUAAGUAAUUUUAUGGUUGUCUGCCAUUUAAAAUUAUCUAGUAUUUGUAUUCCAUGACUACAAAUAAGAAAACCUGUGAUAAGCAGAUUUACUGUGCAGUGAUUAAUAUGCUAGAGUAAUAACUAAAUUGUUCACUCCUGGCUCAGUCAAACAAAUAGAUAAUCCCCAGAAUAACAAGUAUUUAACUUUGCAUUAAAGCAGACCCUGGGUGCUAUAAUUAGAUUAUUUUGAGGCAGACAGCUGUUACCCCAGUGACUUAGUAUAUUCUGUAUUGGGAAAAAAAUGUUUACCAGAUGAGACUUUUUAGUGAUAUACUUGUACAUUUUAUAGGGGACAUAUUCUGUGUAUAGCUGAUAACUUUGUAGUGUCACAAAUGUUUUUGAUUCCUUGGUUCCUUGUUAGGAUAUGAACCUGUUUAUCAACAUUGAUUUCAUCACAUUUGAAUUUUUGUUGUAUUUUUGCCACAUUUAAAAUUGUCAAAAAUCUGAAAUCUGGAAACAGUGUAAAGCCUUUUAUAACAAUUUUUAAAAUGUAAUAGGAUUACACAUAAAUGAAGGGAGGUAAAAUGAAGGUUAUUUGUGUUAAACGAACUUUUCAGCCUGCCCAAACUUAAAAAGGCAGCAGGUACCAGGUGAGAAUUACAAAUUUUGGCUUCGUUUUUGUUGCUGUUUUUAUUUUGGAUCAAGUUGGAAAUGCUUUUAUAGUUUUAUUUUCAAGGACACAAUAAAAAUUGAUAAAAACUGAA